UUCAGUCGAUGUUGGUUAAUGUUGAUAUCCUCAUGUGCCGUGCUCGCGACUAAAACAAACGUGCCUUCUCUGCUACGUCAUCAGCGUGCGACGACUGUUGACAAUCACUUUAGUCGAAGAAGAAGAAGAUUACAGGCACUGUUUUAAUGUUUUGUAAUGUGUUACCGUCUUUAAAAAGUCUACAAGUGAAAAUGUGAAAAGAAGACAACAUGGCGACUAGAAUGCUGAAGCGAACCUGCCUUUCAAACGAUGUAUGUGAGCAACUUAAACGGCAUCACAUAGAAAGUUGUAAGGACCUGUUGUCUCUGACUCCUUUAGAAGUGAUGCACGUUGCAUGCCUGAGCUACCAAAAAGCUAUUGAGCUGCUGCAGUCAGUGAGCAAAGCUGUUGCACCGCCAGUAACCACGGCUCUGGAGCUGUGCAAAAAACAGGCCUGUUUCUCCACUUCCUUGCCUGCUUUGGAUAAACUUCUGAGAGGGGGCCUUCCCUGUGGGACCAUCACUGAGGUGACAGGGCCCUCAGGCUGUGGGAAAACUCAGAUAUGUUUAAUGCUGAGUGUUCUGGCCACCAUGCCAAAGAGUGAGGGUGGCCUGGACAGCGGUGUGAUCUACAUCGACACAGAAUCCGCUUUCUCUGCUGUGAGGCUGGUGGAGAUCGCACAGAGCCGGUUCCCAGACUACUUCAACUGCAGGGAGAGAAUCCUAAACAUGGCUGGGCGAGUGCUUCUCUGCAGGGAUCUCACCUGUCAAGAUGUCCUCAACAGACUAGAUACGCUAGAAGAGGACAUCAUCUCAUCAGGAGCAGGUCUCAUCAUCCUGGACUCUGUGGCCUCAGUGGUGAGAAAGGAGUUUGACACGACGUUGCCAGGUAACCUGAUGCAUCGCAGCGACCUGCUGGGUCACAAGGCCUCCACUCUGAAAUACCUGGCACACCAGUUCAACUUACCGGUGGUUCUCACCAACCAGAUCACAACUCAUUUAGGGGGUCAUGGAUCUGAGGAUGCUGGGUAUGUGACAGCGGCUCUGGGUAACACCUGGAGCCACAGUGUCAACACACGUCUAAUUCUCCAGUAUGUGGACUCACACCAGAGACAGAUUCUGAUAGCCAAGUCACCUGUGGCUCCAUUUGCGGUGCUGAACUACACCAUUGAGAAGCAGGGAAUCUGUUUGGAUGGAGACGACAGUCAGGAGACCUUGUAUGAGGGCACAGAUCCUGGACUACAGCCAAUCAGGGUGCAGACUGGAUUCACUUAUAACCUUACCCAGCCUAUGUGACCAAACACUGUCAUGUCAUGUGUCUGUGUAUGUGUCUGCAAAUGGUUUGUUAUUGUUUUAUGGAGAGGCUAAUAGAAAAACAUUUUUAUUUGAAUAAACCCAAAACAAGAUUUCACAGAGUGCAGAAAGUUAUUUACAUAAAACAUCAUUCUUUAUGCAGGAAACUGCCUACUGGAAAUAAAUCUUCAUAUGAUUUUCACGAACAAUAGAACAUGCACUAUAUUUGUAUACCAACAUAAACAAUGAAAAAUCACACAUGUUUUUUUUUAAAUAUGUAUUUCUUUGUAUUUCUUUAUGUUUCUCCCACAGCAAGUAAUCACCAAUGUCCAAUUUCCCCGCUAUAGGUUUGCAAGGCUUCCAUCCUUCUCAUAGAAAAUAAUAAAUGUAUUUAUUUCUAAAAAAAACGACAUGCAUAGUUAUUUUAGCCAUUUACAAAAUAUUGGUCUGU